AUGGAACCGCCGCCUAUCUCGACGACAUAUUGGUUACACAAUGCUCGACUAAAGGCCGUAUUUAGGCGGAUUCAAGACUACGGACUCCGCGUUCGACUCGACAAAUGUGCUUUCCUGCUGACGGAGAUCAGCUUCCUUGGGCUUGUCAUCAACGCACAAGGACAACGUCCAGAUCCAGAAAAGAUCAAUACUAUCCAGAAGAUGGCCGCUCCGAAAAACGUCAGUCAACUUCGCUCUUUUCUGGGACUCAUCAAUUUCUAUGGAAACUUCGUCAAGGAUCUCCACAAUCUACGCACUCCUUUGGACACUCUUACAAAAAAGGAUGUUGUCUACACCUGGACACCAAAGUGCCAGUCUUCCUUCGACGAGAAUAAAGCAAUCCUAAGCUCGGAUCUCCUGUUGAUCCACUUCGACCCAAAUCUCCUGAUCAUCGUUGCCGCUGAUGCUUCAAAAUACGGAAUGGGACCAACCCUCUCACAUCGAUUCGCAGAUGGAUGCUAG